CAGUGUGGGCUGAAUGGCAAUAGUUCACGAGGAACUUCCUCAGAGCUUCUCCGUCCGCUCUGAGCAUCCGAAGCAGACUCCGACUCUGAAGGGAUUCACACUGAAGCUUUACAGGAUCUCAAUCUAGAGCUGCUCGAAAACUUGCGCUGAAGUUUGAGGAGGAUCAUUGCAAAAUGCCACGUUCAUUUCUUGUCAAGAAAUAUUUCUCCAACAAGAAGCCAAACUACAGUGAACUGGAGGGUCAAACUGACCAACGCUAUGCUGUCUUCCCACAAUGCUUCCCCCUGGAUGUCUUCCCCACUAGAGAAGGUGCUUCUGUGGUGCCCACCUAUCCCUCCAUGCUCGUGUGGACCACCAGUGCCUUACCCCUUACCUUCACAGCGGUGUCACCCAGCACCCCCUCUCCUCCCGGGCCUCUGGACCUGAGCUCUCAGUCCAGCUCCAGCAGCAGUGGAGAAGAGGACGACUGCCGUACAUCUGACCCUCCCAGCCCAGACCCCGCCGACCGCUUCCAGUGCGCCCACUGUGGCAAGACCUGCAGCAGCCCGGCCGUGCUGUCUCUCCAUCAGCUCACACACUGCACCGCCGGCCCACAGACGCUCACUACUGCUGCAGGAGCCACCAGCACAAGCACCAGAGCGGCCUUCCACUGCAAGCACUGUCCCAAAGAGUACAGCAGUCUGGGUGCGCUCAAGAUGCACAUCCGCUCCCACACGCUCCCCUGUGUGUGCACCACGUGUGGAAAGGCCUUCUCCAGACCCUGGUUACUGCGAGGACACAUCCGUACACACACCGGUGAACGCCCCUUCUCAUGCCCCCACUGUAACCGUGCGUUUGCGGACCGCUCGAACCUGCGCGCUCACUUGCAGACCCACUCCGAAGUGAAGAAGUACCAGUGUGGAGCGUGCUCUCGUACCUUCAGCCGCAUGUCCCUCCUGCACAAACACACGCUCUCCAGCUGCUGUGCGUCUGCCUAGAGGACCAGACCGCUGCUUGCCCCCUCUCACUGUUGAGCUGGGACGGGUUUAAGCCAUACGUGAAUGCCUGGAUUCGUAGAAAAUGUAUCGAUGCUGUUUUUGAAGCACAAAGGGCCUUAUCUUUGCUUCCACAAGCCAGAGGAGUGGUGAUGUUAUUUACUAGUGUUAGUCUUACACACAUCACACACAGAUUCCUGUCGUGGGAGGGGGGCCCACAGACUGGCUCUCGGUGGAUUCCCAAGAUGCACCUUGGUGCCGGCUGGUCCGGGACUGUGAGGGGGCAGCUGCUAUAAAGCAUGUGUGGUGAGAGGUCAUCUCUCACCAAGAUCUCCACAGGCGUGCAGGGAAGUAUUGGGACAGCUGUUGCAGCGCAGGCCUGUUGACAAAUGCAUUAGCCAUGUCUCUAGACUGAUGGCGGAAAAGCACACCAAAGAGCUGUUUUAAUAAGAAGUUCAAUUAGACUCUGGAAUUUGACUCUGUAAUCGGAGCUUCAAGGUACUCCAUCGUUCGGCAUCUCCUGGAUGUUUUUAUCUUCUUAAACACUGAAAAAGGUGUCAAAAGCACACAAAAAAAGAGUCAUUUGGUUUUAGAAGUUGUGUACAAAGUUCGCUCCAGUUCAACUGAACUGAAGGGAAUUCGCAGGCUCUCAUUUGAGAAAGGUCUUCCGUGAAGCCUUUAUCAUCUGGUCAUCUUUGAACACAUUUUUUUCAAAGCCACAAUGAUAUAUGAAGCUACCUGUCACCAUGUUGUUUAUAUUGUACGUAUAACACAAACCAAAUCCUAUGCAAUGUUUUUUUUUGAGCAAAGAUGUUUUAGUGUAUUUCCACUUGCUAUUUUUCAAUAAAGUAAUUUAUGUUCUUUGUUUAACAGAA